GUUUCCGGAAGCACAGGACUGGAAGGCUUGGAAAUCUUAGAACAAAAUCCAAUCAGCAUUCGCCAUGGUCAAGGUGACCCUUUCCCAGUGAAUCCUCAAGAGCUCCAUGCAACCCUGGGGGUCGCCCCCACGGGGUUGGUAAGCUCCCUACAACCGCAGAGCAACGAUGUUCCCGGCUUCGUGGAUGUUUGGGACCUUUUUGGUCCUGAAUACCGCACACAUCUUUACCGGCAGGAGAAACACAUCGCCAACUCGCCCCUCUUCAACGGUUUGAUCAUGGUGGCCGUUGUCAUCAACACCACCCUGGUGGGUGUCGAAGUGGACUCGGCCAAAGAAGUCAUGGCAUGGGACCGUUUAGGCUUUGUGGCGAUCGAGGCCUUCUUUUGCUUAUUCUUUACCUUCGAAUUGUUGGUCCGUUUUGAUCAACAGUCCUGGGGCUAUUUUCAAGACCUCUUAAAUUUGUUGGACUAUUCCUUGGUCAUUGCUUCGUGGCUGGACGUGGCCACCUCGGCGUCCACCUACCGAGAGCGAGUGCAGCUGGCCUCCACGAUUCGCGUCUUUCGCUUCGUGCGCAUCGUCCGGGUGUUGGACAACUCCAAGAGUGAUCUGCUGGUCAUCGCACGAGGACUGGCCAAUGCCGUGGAGCAUGUGCUCCAGUUAUCCAUCAUCACGGCUGUCUUUGUGUUUAUGAUGGCUGUAGUGCUCACUUCCCUAGUUGCUCAAGAUGCUUAUGCCAUUUCCCGGUGGCCGGAAGCCAAGAUGUACGCAGGGUCCGUGUGGCGCUCCACGAUCACAGUGAUGCAGUUGGCGACCCUGGACUUUUGGUCCGAGGUGGCCAUAGCCCUCUUCGAGAUUUCUCCACUAUCUUUGGUCACGAUUUGCUUCACCCUGUUCCUCCUGAACUUCGGUGUGAUCAAUCACUUGGUGGCCAUCAUGGUCGAUCGCGUCUCCAACAUCUCGGGGGAGUCAGCAGUUUUGCACGAGAAGUUGUUGUCCAAGGCACACGACUCCCUGAUCAGAGGGUUGGAAGAAGAUCUGCGUGUGGGCAUCGGUAUGGAUGGCAAAUUGAGCUUAGCGGCCUUUCACAAGCUGAUCGAAAUGCCUGCAGUGAAUCAAAAAUUGCAACUCAUGGGGAUUUCAGAUGAAGAAGCUCAAGCCUUCUUCGACAUCAUGGAAGGAGAAAGACAUGGAGGCAUCACUAUCCACCAGUUCGUGAUGGGAUUGAGCAAAGCCAAAGGCAAGGCCAAAAGCAUCGACAUGUGCAAACUGAUCUGUGUGGUGAACCGACAGACGAGCCGCGCCACACAGUUGGUGAGUCGAGUUCGCGGUCUGAUCCAGGAGGUGGAUGCUCUUCAGAAGCGCUUCAACGAUUUGGGCAAAGGACUAACGCGUGAGCGCAUGAUUCUGCGAGAGCAAGAGGAAAGGCUAAGUGCCUUGCAACAACAGAAACGUGACACUGAUGUGUUCUAUCAGUCGAUGGAUAUGCAACGGCAGUAUGCGCAAGUGAGGAUGAAGUUGCAAUAG